CUGCUGAUGGGGAUGAUAUAACAAGCUUUAUCAAGAUGGCAUCCUCCAAACGUGCUAGGAUGCCAUUCCUUCUGUCACACUGGUUGGCAUUUCUGGGUUCUGGAUGGCAGAGAGUUUAAUAGGACACACCAUGUGGGAAACAGAACUGCAGGAAAGUCAGGACAACAGGAUACCCUGCUCCGCAGCAGCAUGUUGGCUUUCUUCAAGGGUCGUGAUCCACCUGUGGAUUCUGACGAUCUGGUCGCUGGAUGGUCGGCUGCAGGUAUCCCAUCGAAAGGGUCUCCCGCAUGUCAUCUAUUGCCGGCUGUGGCGGUGGCCAGAUCUUCAUAGCCACCAUGAACUGCGUGCCAUGGAAAUGUGCGAAUACGCAUUCAACAUGAAAAAGGAUGAAGUCUGUGUGAAUCCAUAUCACUACCAGAGAGUGGAAACGCCAGUACUACCUCCAGUGUUGGUACCACGACAUGCGGAAAUUCCAGCUGAGUUCCCUCCUCUUGACGAUUACAGCCAUUCCAUUCCUGAGAACACGAAUUUCCCAGCUGGCAUUGAGCCUCAGAGCAACUACAUUCCAGAGACGCCGCCUCCCGGGUAUCUGAGCGAGGAUGGAGAAACCAGUGACCAUCAAAUGAACCACAGUUUGGAUGCAGGUUCUCCAAAUUUAUCUCCAAAUCCGAUGUCCCCUGCACACAAUAAUCUGGAUCUCCAGCCGGUCACCUAUUGUGAACCGGCCUUCUGGUGCUCCAUUUCCUAUUAUGAGCUCAACCAGCGAGUUGGAGAGACAUUCCACGCGUCUCAGCCCUCCAUGACCGUGGAUGGCUUCACCGACCCAUCCAAUUCGGAGCGCUUCUGCCUUGGCUUGCUUUCGAACGUAAACCGCAAUGCGGCCGUGGAGCUCACCAGGCGGCACAUCGGGAGAGGAGUGAGGCUGUAUUACAUUGGAGGAGAAGUUUUUGCCGAGUGCCUUAGCGACAGUGCCAUAUUUGUCCAGUCCCCCAACUGUAACCAGCGCUAUGGGUGGCACCCAGCUACUGUGUGCAAGAUACCACCAGGGUGUAACUUGAAGAUCUUUAACAACCAAGAAUUUGCAGCCCUUCUGGCUCAGUCUGUCAACCAGGGCUUCGAGGCUGUCUACCAGCUGACGCGGAUGUGCACCAUCCGAAUGAGCUUUGUCAAGGGCUGGGGGGCCGAGUACAGGAGGCAGACUGUCACAAGCACUCCCUGCUGGAUUGAGCUCCACCUGAAUGGCCCCUUGCAGUGGCUGGACAAGGUCUUGACCCAGAUGGGCUCCCCAAGUAUCCGUUGCUCCAGUGUGUCUUAAAGGACGUGGAAAGUGGAAUCAGGUCAAAUCUUGAGUAGGGACAAAAUAAAUCAGCCUCUUACUUGGUAAUUUACACAUAACAGAACGAAAAUGAGCAUUUAGGGUAGUGGCCAUGUUCUUCCAAGGCCCAGUCCCUUCUUCUGUUCAGUGGAAGAUCUUGUUUUGGCAUCGUUGACAUGAGCAAAGACUUCAUAGCAUUAAUGUUUAGCAGAUCUACCCAAAUCUUUGAGAUGCCCAGCCGGGUCCUACCAUGGGCCACUGGAAGAGAGCCUUGGCUACAUUGGCAUCUUGGAUUUCCAAUUUAGGAGAGCCAGGCUGUAGCACGAUGGCUCCAAGUCAUGGCUUUGCAAGACAUGGCAGCUCUUGGCAACAGUUCUUGGGGGGCGGGGGAGGCUAGAGAGCGAGGAAACGGUUCUGUCUCCCCCCUGCCCCUUCCUGCCUCUUCGUGCGAACAUUUCCAUCUAUUAGCAGGCGUGGGGAGCUGCUUAGGAACAAGCAAGACGUCUCCUAACGUUUCUUUUUGAGCAUUUGCCUUCGUUCUUCUCUGCCAACCAUUUGCCAAAAUGGGAAGGAGGGGAUUUUCCUCCAGAUCUGCAGCCACCUGAUUGAUAGAGCUGCCAUUAAAUGAAGAUGCAUAGCCCCAAGGAAGAAGCGGCCACUUCUUGCACAUGGAAACAGUUGCUUGAAUUGUCACUGUGAUCUUGGAGCUAAGACCACCUAUAUAAGAGGCAAGAAGUGUCACCAGCUCACCCUUCAUCCUUCAGUCCAUAUUUUAAGAUGCUUCUCUUUGGGACUUCCUUGGAUCUUGCCACUUUCCUCUGGAAGAAUUGGGCUCUUGGCAUUGCCAGCUCCUGUGCUGUCCUGCUGUGCUCGUGAUUCUCUCUUUUAAAGAUCGCCUGAAGGACUCUGCGCAUCCAGACGGGGAAACUUUUGGAAAAGUGCAUUUGCCAGUCCUGCUCCCAAAGCCACCUCUCAGAGCAUCAACGGAAAGGGACGGGGUGGAAGAGGAGAAGACAGAAACACAGACAUGCUCUGGAGCAAAAUCUGCCAGGAGAAACUUAGGCGCCUUCGUCAUCAAUAGGAUGUCCUUGGUCAUUUGACUAAUCUGCUGAAAUGGAUCUUUUCCUCUCCAUAAAAUAAGAACAGCCUGACCACAUUACAGUUCCAAGAUGACUUAAUUGACAGUUAUUACUGUUUUGAUUCUCGGUAACUAAGGAGCUGUAAACAGAUUUGGAGGCAUGCUGACUGUUCUUUAAAACAGUUGUGUGUGGGUGUGCGUGUGCAAGUGUUCUACAGUGGCCAGUAAUUCUGGUUAAUACUCUUGAUUGUGAGGGCAAAAUCUGUGUGUGGUGUCUUCAUGAUCAAAUUCAGAAAUAAGUGUUAUUUAUGCAGGUCAGGACCCUCUGGAAUUGUGCAGAAACUUGGACCUACUUCUAGAAUCUCACGUCUUAAAAAACAAACUCAGCAACCAAUCCCCAGAAGCUGAGAGUCUCUUAUUUUCCCUCAGGAAUUGAGCAGAUUUUAACUAAAACCUAAAAAGCUAAAAUAAUUCCCAGGUACCUCAUUUGAGACACCUGGUGGUAAAGUAACUCAAGGAAUAAUUUAACUGUAUUGAACAGGUUGUAUGUCUGUUCAACAUGGCAGACUGGCAAACAUUUGGGAAUGCUGAUAAGAAAUGCCAUUUAAAUUACAGAUUAAUGUCUUGACACGCUGUUUAAAGUUGAGUAUUAAUCUCGCCACCCUUCUGAAACAGAAGUGGCUCCCCAUCAUGUAUAAUUGGUGCAAGACCAGGCUGUACAGACAACAAGCCACUUAGUGGCUUUUAAAGAUGUGGGUGGGAAGAGAGGUGUCUAAAUGGCUUGCUCUCCCUCUGAGUAAUUAUGAGCAGCGUCUGAAACCUAGUUGGGUUUUUCGUAGGGAACUGAAUGCUUGAUUCACCCUCAGAAAUCAGAGGAACGCAAGAGUUGUCUUAAAAGUGCAUUUAUAGAAUUUUACCCUGAAAGGAUUCAGCUGCACACAGAUAGACAAAUAAAUAAAUUAGAAGGACAAUUAUAAAAGUCAGCUCCCUUUUUGCAUGGGGGAAACCAUACAGCAGUAUUCAGUAUGGAAUAUUUGAAUUUCAGAAAUGCUUUUAAUAAUUCAAGGAGAGAAAGCUGGUUGUACGUGUGUUGUGUGCAUGCUUUUUGUAAAAAAAAAAAAAAGUUGUCAUAGCCAUUGUGGCUGGUAGGGAACAAUCAAUCCAAAGACAUUUUUGUAGGCGUUUUAGUGUAGAUUUUUUUAGCACCCAGGAUGAAAUAUUUUGCUCCAGUUUCUGUACAGUUUUAAUCAACUAGCCACUGGUGUGUUCUAGCUCGCUGGAAGAACGGUUGCCAUUUUCCCCAACCUUGUUUCUUCCAGAUGUGCUGGGUAUCAGUUCAUAUUGUCUCUGGCAGCUCUGAGUGCAGACAUCCUGGCCUAUUGGAUAAUUUUAGAAUAGCUAGGGCUUUUACGGUGAAAACUAAAUUUCUGGAGACGGAAUUCGUUUUCUUUCAAGUUCUGUUCUUGGAACACUACAUUUCCACUAGUUUGAGUGGGCCUUCUUAUGUUGAAAGAUCUGGUAACCCAACCAAAUUAUAAUUGGAUGGUUUGGCCUCCCAGUUCUGUCACAUAUUCUGCUUUUGAUAACUUAUUCAUUGCUGGAAGGAUGGAUGAUGUAGAGCCCAUUCUAGUCUACAAAUGAACAGUGAAAAAACUUCAUGGUUUUAAAAGAUAGUUUUAAAUAUAUAGAUCUAUAUUUUCCUAUACAACAUAUUAGCCACUUUGCACAAGUCAGAUCUUAUUCCUUGAGAGCUCCUUUUUAUAUUCAGUUACAUGUGAUAAGUCUACCGGGUAAAUCCUUUCCCUGCUCAUAAAGUCUUUCCACAAUGUACAAAACAGAUGUGCGAUCAGGGGUUUUAGAGUUCCACAUACGGGACACGUUUCUUUAGAAAAUGUCUCUUGGUUUCAACAUUCAGCGGAGAGGGGAGACGUUUUCCAUAGAAUCCAAAUGUCGCUUCGGACAGCAUGGGACACCAAACCACCUAAAGGUCCAUGAAAAAUAGUUCGGCAAAAUUCUCAAAAGCAGGUGAAACAGCUUCAAGGUUUCAGCUGAACUCUUUGCCCUAUGGAUAAAAUUGGAAAUGCUUGCGGGGGAUCUUCCGUGAGCCAGAUAGUCUUGUGAAAUUAAAAAUCCCACCCUAAGAUUGGGUUUAUUGAUUGUGCUAAAUCACAGUAUGCAUUAUUUGAUUGUGGCUUGGGAUAUCCAAAACCACCCAUUGUGGCUUAUUCAAAAAAACACGGUUUAGCUCUGUAUGUGAACUUGCUGUGCUGACUAUUCAGGUGCAAAAAGAGGGGGGAAACCCUCAAACUGAUGUUUGGUAGUGUUUUUAAUUAGAUUUUAAAAUGCCCAGAUACUGCCAUACAAAAAAUAUACUCAAGUGCAUUUAAUUUUCCCCGAGCUGCAUCCAUAGAACUGUUACAGAUAUUCCUUGUGCCUUGUCAAAGGUUGCCUGAUAGAAAUUUGGAAAUGGUGCAGUUCUGGCUUCCCGGGCUCAUUUGUGGGGGGAAACAGGUGCCAAGUCAGGUGAGCUUUACGUUGCUCAGGUGUGGGCCUGACCCCUUUCAGCUCUGAAUGGGACCUGCUAGCACGAAUGCUAGGCUGCAUUCAUAACACCAAGCCAUAACAUGGUUUGCUUUGUUUUAAGCUGAUGUGUUAAGUCAUGGUUUAUUCAACAAAAUGUGAUUAAGCAAGGCAUAGCACAACAGUGUGUGAACCUAGUUGUGUUCUGCAGGUAAAAGCCAGCUUAAAAGGCCACAUAGCAGACUUUUCUGACCCCAUCCUUGCUACCUAAAAUGAAAAUUUGCAAAAGAAGCCAUACAAAAUGAAACUCACACAAGUGCCAAAAUCUUGAAAACUCUUCAUUUCUGGCUGGAGCUGCACUUUAGAGAAAGACUUGGUUGUUUCACAAAUUUGGGUUCUGAGUGCAUAGGUAUAUCUUUAAAAGGAAGCUGGAAGCAUUGCUGUAUAGAAAAGUUGUGGCCUACUGACCAAAUGUUCAUGCGAGGAGCACAAGAGGUGCCUUGAUCAAUAUUGCGCAAAGUAUAGAAUUGUUAAGAUAAUAACACAAAUCUCCCCGUCACCUGCCCUUUCAAGUUUACAUAGAUGCAAGCUCCCCAAAGCUUGGGGGAUCCUGGGGCACAUGCAUUGUCCCGAAGAAGAGGCUUUAUCGCUCCAGGUAACUUGCUUUGACUUUGAAAUGCCCCUCCUUGCUGCUCUUCUCUCAAACGUGACUCCGUGCCGUUGUCACUUAGAAGAGAUCACGAAUGCUUGGGCCUUGUUUGUGGCGGGGUGUCAUUCCAUGCACUGCUUUUAAAGCAUUGGAUGAGAACCACUCAGAUUCCUCUUCGCAGCACGUGAAAUUAAUUCUCUUGGUAUUCGCAGGGGCUGAUCUGUUAACAGGGCACCUGUGGAUUCCUGGCGUGUACGAUGCGUUUUGGGGCUGGGCCCCUGUGCAGCCUGAAGCUCUGCCCCCAUGGUCAGGUGAUGCAGCACACACAUGCGUCUCUGUGCGCAAAACCGCGUGGCUUCUGAACUUUUAACUUGUGCAGGACUUGGACACUAGAAGCGGCGCCCAUGACUGGAAUCUCCCGGCUGCGGAAGCCUUCAUCUCUCCUCGGUGGACCGGUCGUUAGCUGACCCUGGACUCUUUCACGUUAUGCGGCUGCUGGCCGGCAUGUCCAGAUGGCCAGGACUGACUCUGACUUUGCUGACCUUGGUGAAACUUUUUUUUCCUUGUACGAUAAUGAGCCAAACUGCAGGGUGCGUUGUUUUUGCUACAGACCCUUGUAAGCAGCAGCACCACCACCACCUUACAAAGAGACUGAAACUAGGCUGGUGGCGGUGUUAGGGGAAAAGAGGCUACUGUAAGCUCUGCAGCAAAGGGAUAUGAAGGGUAAAACUUCAGGGAUGAUCCUGCAGAGGUUGAAGAACUGUCGAAAGCGGUGCCGAGAUCAACUCCUACGCGACUCCUCUUGCCGGUGCUAGUUUGGCCUGGACAGGACAGGACAGGACGCUGGCGCCGUUUUAAAUGCUCGAUGGGCACGGGUGGCAGGAAAGAGGCUGGCAGAACCACAAUUUGAAUUUUCUAGGGUAGGGUAAGAAACUAUUAGCCUCUCCAGUAGUCAGCUUGGAAAGUGUGGCUAAAAUGUUUUAAUAUAGUUUUAGGUAUAUAUUUAUUUAUGUAACUAAUGUAGUAGAUUCAACCAGAUGCUUAAUUUUGCCUCAAGACGGGGGAGGAUUUGACAGAGGUAUAUUUUCCUAUGUAGAUUCAGACAGUAGAAAAUAAUAUGAGAGACAGAGGACAGUCCAGCCAUUAUCUUCAGUAGCAAAGCACUUAAUUUCUGCUGGAUUGGGCCUGCCCAUAUCCACCUGCUUCUCUGUUGCCCUGGAUAACUGACACCCUUGGGGUGCACGGCCUCCGUGCGUGUGGUGCUCUCUCCGACAUGAGUGGACAAUGCCGGUUUGGUGCCAACCUCAUUGAGAUGAACCUUGGUGGGGUGACUGUAGGGCCAGAUUUCCCCUCUGGGGACCUCCCCAGCUGUGCCCGACUUGCAACUGCCAGGAUUCUUGGUCAGCCGGGUUGGCGCUGUUGGCACCAAGGCUGGGCAUUGGGAAAUGGCAAUUCUCCAGCAGCAGGGGAAGCUGUUCUACACGCUUGCCUGCUUAGCUAGCACCUUCAUGCAGAAGAGCUCUUAUCCUGCUCUCUUCCCCUUCCGUUAGUAGCCAUUGAUCCCUGGAGGCUGUUGGCAUCGAAGGCACGCAGGUAUCCUUCCUGCCUUAGUUGGAAGUUGUUCCGCUCUUGGGUUCUAGAGAAAAAGUGGGUUUCUCUCUAGCUCUUGUGAGACAUUCUUCACCCAGUGUUUUGUACUUACGCUGUAGAUUGCUUCUUGUCUGUUGGCCUUUAGCUUAUCUCUAUUAAAAGCCUGUAACAUCCA